AUGCGUAUCUCUCAUGCCGUCCUCAAUCCUUUUGCUGGUCUUCGCAAAAUAUUCCCUCCAGUCCUCAAGGACCCGGAUCUAGCCAUAACUCGUUGGGAUAUCUCUCAUGACGCUGCCAACCAGAGCCUUUCUCUGACAACACCAACACCACCCAAGACUGGAACGGAGAGACCAUCACCUACCUCAUACCAUAGGAAACACAUAGGCUUUUCCUCUUCAUCUCCGACCCACCCCGCCAAGCCGACGAUCCAGUGGUCGUCGCCGGCGCCCGGGAAACUACAAGGUUCUACCCCACACUUGAACGGCUCGUCUCCCCAUUCGCCCGUAUCCUCCAGAAUGACCACUCAGGGCUGGUCGCCGUGA